GCGACGUCGAGAGCAGCUUUGGUCUCAGAGCUUUAUUUUCCUCGCUGGUGCUUCGACAAGCUUUUUGUUUUCAAUCUUUUUAUUCAGCAUGGGCAACGUGCAGCAGCAAGUAGGCAAACGCAUGGUGGUUGGUCGCCACGAGGUGGAGGCUGUGCAAUACCUUGGUGAAGGAGGUUCGUCCUUCAUCUUCCUGGUCAAGGACGUCCGGGCGCCUCCUACAGCGUCACCGCUCGUGUUGAAGCGUCUUGUAGCUCACAACGAGCAGACGGCGGAUUGGAUUGCCAGCGAGAUUCGGCUGCACCAGCGACUGAGCCACCCACAAGUGGUGCAGUUCGUGGCUUCGCAAACCAACAAGGCUCGUGGUGACAAGACUGAGGUCUUCAUCCUCAUGGAGUACUGUCCCGGAGGACACCUCCAAGAAAACAUGGUCAAGAUGGGCGCUAAACGUUUCGCACAGCACGAGCUGCUGCGUACGUUUAAAAGUCUUUGCGAGCCUGUGGCGAUGCUGCACGCUCAGAAACCCCCCAUUGCGCAUCGCGAUCUUAAACUAGAGAACUUUCUGUUGGGUAAGGAGAAUGUGUACAAGUUGUGCGACUUCGGGUCUUGUGUGGAAGGCCCUCAGUCGCUCGCCACUAAAGCGGACCGCAUGCGCGAAUCCGACAACGUGUCCAAACGCACAACGGCCAUGUACCGUUCACCUGAGUUAGCAGACGUGGAAGGCACUGCGAUGUUCGGCUCUGGGGAACUCACUGAGGCGGUGGAUGUCUGGGCGAUGGGCUGUAUCCUGUACAGCAUGGCGUUUUUCAAGUCACCAUUCCCGCUCGAAGGACUGCGCACCGACCGCUACACGAUCCCAUCGAACUCCCCGUAUUCACCGGAUGUGCACGCUAUUAUUGCUCGCAUGCUAACUUCUGACGUUGACAAGCGCGCGACCAUCGAGCACGUUAUGGAGUGCAUUGAUGAGGUCAUUUGUGGUCGUCCUCUUCCACCGUGGCGCGGCGUGACGAAGAAGAAAGAAAAGGCCAAGCCCGAAGCGGAGAAGCCUUCAGCUGCAACAACUAAGAAGACUGAAGCGAGAAAGGAAACCGUUGCAACCAAGACCUCGGACGCUGCGGAUCUGUUGAAUAUGGACUUCAACCCCACCAUUUCAAACAGUAAACCACCAUCCGCAAAGGCUGCACCAAGUGCAUUUGACACAACUUGGACGGCACCCACAGAUGGCUUCGCUGAUUUUGCGAGCUUCCCGUCGCCAAGUUCGUUUGGUCAAAGCGGAGGUAACGACGGUUUUGCUUCAAGUCCGACAAAGGUCGAUCCGUUCGCUAUUUCGGCCAUGCAACAGGCUCCUGUUGCCCCUCCGGCGAGUGUCUUUGACUUCGAUGCACCUCCUGCUCAAGGGAUCCCUGCUCCUGCCCCGAGUAUGAUGUCGAAGGCUCCAGAAGUAGAUCCGUUUGCAGAGAUUGACGCCCCACCCCCUGCUCUACUUUAUGGCGGGUUGCCACAACAGGGACAACAACAGAAAUUCCCACAACAGAUGUGGGGUGGUAGCGCCCACAGUAGCCAGGGGUACCAUUCGUCCAACCCGUUUUAGCACAGCAACUUCGCAGAAUGC